CAGAGGAGAGACAAGGAGAGGGCAGGAUCCACCAGCUCUCGCUCAGCAUAUUUCACCAGCAAGCCCCAGGAGUCCAGAAGAGGAGCUGCCACUUAGGACACUGUCUCCUUUGCAAAGGAUCUAUUAGCACAACAUAUAUUACAUGAACACAUAUGAAUGUUGUCCCCUUCCAGGAAAGGAGAGAAAGAGAAAAAGGAAAGAGAGAGAGAUCUCCAGAGUACUAUAGCGAUUUUUCAUGUAAUCAAUACUGUAAAAUAUCCCCAGUUCUUUCUGCUGGAUUGUAACUCAGAGGACAGCUGAUCAGUUUGCGGCAUGUGUACUUUACCUGCGGGGAAGCCAGGCGCCAGGCAGAAGCCCGUGGCACGGUGUUUUCUGCAGGGUGGGCAAAUGUUUCCUACGUCUUCUCAGUAAUUUGCAGUGACAUGAGACCGAGUUGAUAAGAAGAGUCAUCAUUUAUACAGCACUUAACCUCUCAAGGCAUUUUAGAAACAUCUACUAGCUAAUCCGUGCCAUGCCCCUGAGAGACAGGCAAAACAAGCAUGCAAGUGAAAGGAAGAGGAACUGCAAUCUGAGCAUUCAAGUUACAGCAAUUAGGAACUUUGCAUCCAGCUGAUGGCAGAUAACCCUGCUCCGAUGCCAUUUUGGAUGUCCCAGUGAGAACUCUUAGAGAUGCCUAUUCUCUCCAGAGGCAGUGACCAAGACUACAGUAACAUUAGCUACACUUCUUGUAAUUCCUUGAGCCACUUCCUUCCUGUCUCCGUUGAAACCCCUUCUGUCAAAGGGGUCCAUUACCAAAGGGCCAGGAGGAUUUACCAUCCUGAUCAAGUCUCUGCAGUUGAUCUAAAGACAGAGAUCAUGAUUAAUGUUGGAGGCAUCAAGUACCUGCUACCUUGGAGUACUUUAGAUGAAUUUCCCCUGACCAGACUGAGCAAACUUAAGUUUUGCAGCAGCUAUGAAGAAAUAAUUCAGCUGUGCGAUGAUUACGAUGAAGACACCCAUGAGUUCUUCUUUGACAGGAACCCCAAUGCUUUUGGGAUGAUUGUCAGCUUUCUAGCAGCAGGGAAGCUGAUGCUCUUAAGCGACAUGUGUGCCUUGUCUUUUCAGGAGGAGCUGAGAUACUGGGGGAUUGAGGAAUCCAACUUGGAGAACUGCUGCUUUCGAAAACUAUUUCAAAAACUGCAGGACUUGGCUGAGAUACGCAAGGAAGAGGAGCUUCGGAGGAGCAAAGAAGCUACAUGUGUCUUGGAUGAGAAAACCAAAUUUGGACAGUUUAUGAACAGACUCAGAGAUAUGGUAGAAAAUCCCCAGUCAGGACUCCCAGGCAAAGUCUUUGCUUGUCUCUCCAUUCUCUUUGUGGCCACCACAGCUGUAAGCCUUUGUGUUAGCACAAUGCCGGACUUAAGAGCUGAAGAAGACAGGGGCGAGUGUUCGCAGAAGUGCUAUUACAUCUUCGUCAUAGAGACCGUUUGUGUGGCUUGGUUUUCGCUGGAGUUCUGCCUCCGCUUCAUUCAGGCAAGGAGCAAGUGUCAGUUCUUCAAGGGACCCCUAAAUAUAAUUGACUUCUUGGCUAUUUCACCCUAUUACGCUUCCCUCAUCUUCUCAGAGGAUGACUCAAAUGAGGAGGACGACAGGCCAAGCAGCAACACAUAUUUUGAGAAGGUUGGUUUGGUGCUACGGGUUUUACGUGCCUUGAGGAUCUUGUAUGUAAUGCGCCUUGCCCGACACUCCUUGGGUUUGCAAACUUUGGGCCUCACAGUUCGGAGAUGCACACGGGAAUUUGGUCUGCUUAUACUCUUCUUAUGCGUGGCUGUCACUCUGUUCUCUCCCUUGGUCUAUCUCGCUGAGAAUGAAUCUGGGAAGGUGCUUGAAUUUACAAGCAUACCUGCUUCUUACUGGUGGGCUAUCAUUUCAAUGACCACUGUGGGGUAUGGAGAUAUGGUACCACGGAGUGUCCCAGGCCAGAUGGUGGCUCUCAGCAGCAUCCUCAGUGGGAUUCUCAUCAUGUCUUUCCCUGCAACAUCAAUAUUCCACACUUUCUCCCAUUCCUACUCGGAGUUGAGAAAGGAACAUGAACGACUGCAGUCUCGGCUAAACAGAGUAAAAAAUGCCAAUCACUCUGGUGAAAGUGACACCUUCAAUGAGACAGACAGCUUGAUCCUGGAGGACCAAGCAUCACCAAUUAAAUACAUUUACAGAGGGAACUAAGCCUGGUUGUGAAGCACUCCCAAGAACUUGAAUAGAAGUAUACACAAAUGUACAUCAACACAAUAUACAAAGCAAAGCAACAGCAUAGGUUACAACGCUAUUCUUCUCUGCCAGCAUAGGUAUAAUAAGCAGUCAAGCCAAUGCAGCUAGCUCCAACACAUCAUUAUGGAGCUGGAGGUUCUGAGAAUAUCAAAAGGCAGAGUUUAUUCAAUAAUAAAUAUUCAUUCUUCUCUAUGACUAAUAAGAAUAAACGUUGUCACUGCCAGUGAUGUAUCUUGCUGAACACCUAAUACUGAACAAGUAACAAAACAAAACAGCUUCUGUUGGCACAAAUACACUUGUUAUUUUAUUUGCCUUUCAGUCUCCGAUGUUCUUAAAAUUAACACAUCUCAAGCCAAGCAUUAGAAUGCGUUCUUUCAGGGCUAUGCACCAGUGUUCUUUAUACAAUGCUCAUCACCAGGCAUACAGAAGAAGCCUCAGUACAAAUCUGAAUUCUGUAUCUAAAGCCACUAAUAAGCUUGAAAUAAAAGCACUGUAUAUGAAAGCUUUCAAAAUUUGCCUGUAGCCAGAUGAUCAACCUAUAAACAACAACUUGCACUGCUACUGUAUAAAACACCUAAUAUUUGCAAGAGAAUUUGCUUGAAAUGCAGUUGGGGUCUGCAAACUGUAAACAUUUCAUACUAGACAGAAAAAGUUUUCAAACAUCCUUUUCAUAUACUUGUUUAAAAUAAUAAUGAAGAAUAAAAAUAAUGAGGAAUUAAAAAAGCUUAUUGACCAUACUAAAAAGAGUUGGUGUUAUC